GCAGAGCUCGUGUCUUUCGAAGCUCAAGGAAGUAAACAAGCAGCUCUGCGAUUUGCGCUGGAGUCACGGAUGCUCGCCCUUUCUCACGAUUGCAAUCUCGAACGCUCACUCAACGUCAUUCAGCUGAAUCGUUGGCGAUAGAGCCGAGUUUUGCAAUUGAGCAGAAAAUGAUGGGAAUUGCUGAUUUUUUGGGAGCGCAGAGAAUAUAAUGAAGAAGGUUCCGGAGGAUCGGUACGCGCAAUGGAAGUUGCUUGUCCCAGCUUUGUAUGACUGGCUGACCAAUCAUCACCUUAUGUGGCCCUCUCUUUCUUGCCGGUGGGGGCCGCAGUUGGAGGCAGGGUCCUCCAAGACUCGUCAACUUCUUUUUUACUCUGAAAGGACGGAUGGAGAGUGUCCAAACACCAUCGUUGUUGCCCAAUGUGACAUUAUGAAGCCACGAACUGCUGCAGCGGAACAGAUUUCACAGUUCAAAGAAGGUGGAAAAUCACCUCACCUGAAGAAGCUCAAAACUAUUAUUCAUCCUGGUGAGGUUAACAGAAUACGAGAAAUUCCUCAGAAUAGCAAUAUUCUUGCCACGCAUACUGAUAGUCCCAAGGUUCUGAUAUGGAAUACCAAAACUCAGCCAAACCGAGCUACAACAUCAGCAGCGUCUGAAUCAAAACCCGAUCUGGUUUUGAUAGGUCACACUGACAAUGCUGAAUUCGCUUUGAACGUAAGUCGAACUGCUCCUUACGUCAUAUCAGGAGGCAGAGAUAAGUGUGUUUUGUUAUGGAGCAUAGAAGACCAUAUCACUACUAUGCAAGAGCAGACUCCUAAAUCAAUCACACCGACGGCAGCAGGGUCCAAGCAAUCAGGAACUGCAGGGGGUGCUGCCGACACUACUAAUGUGUAUACCAGAGGGAUUUUUAAGGGCCAUACUGAUACUGUGGAGGAUGUCCAAUUUCGUCCUUCGAGCAUGAAUGAGUUUUGCAGUGUAGGCGAUGAUUCUUGCCUCCUCUUGUGGGAUGCUCGCACUGGAUACCAACCAAUAUCGAAGGUUGUGAAGGCUCACAAUGCGGACCUCCACUGUGUCGAUUGGAAUGCUCAUGACGAGAAUCUUAUUUUAACUGGAUCAGCAGAUAAUUCUGUAAGGUUGUUUGAUCACCGAAAGAUUUUAGCUAGGGGUCAAGCUAUUCCCGUUGAGCAAUUUGAAGGGCACUCCGCUGCUGUGCUCUGUGUCCAGUGGUGCCCAGAUAGAGCUUCUGUGUUUGGGAGCUGCGCCGAGGAUGGAUUGCUUAAUGUGUGGGAUUAUGAAAAGGUCGGUAAGGCAUUAGAUACCACCAAUUUGAAACAACCUGUAAAAGUUCCUCCAGGCCUUUUCUUCCAACACACAGGGCACAGGGACAAAGUGGUGGACUUUCAUUGGGAUUCGCGCGAUCCGUGGACAAUAGUCAGUGUGUCGGAGGAUGCUAACACCCCCGGGGGUGGGGGCACUUUGCAGAUUUGGAGAAUGAUAGACUUCAUUUACAGGCCUGAAGACGAAGUUUUGGCAGAACUUGACGAAGUGCGACCUCAAUUGGUGUCUCAAAACACCCCUGCCAGUUAGGUUGUCUCGGUACAUCACAUUUUGAAGCUCAGCUUUUAGGUUUUAUCCGAUCUUUCGCCAGUUAGAUUUUAAGUUAGGGAGAUUAGGUGCAAAGAAGGCCUGAUCGGUAAUGCGACGUUGUCAAUUAUCAAAGGCAAAUACUCAGGACUUUACAGGUAUGAAGCUUCAGUUUUAAGACUUUUUGCUGUACCCUUACAUUUUACUGUUAACCUGUUACAUUCUGAAAACCGUGCAAAGAAUUAUAUAUGAGGUGCGUAGCAAAAUCAACGACUUUUUGAAAUGAACAUAGGGCACCCAUGUGUUCAUGUUAUCAAGGUUC